UCCGAGUUUGCGGAAGUGACUGCUGUGCUGUGAGGAAGGAAGCGGAUGCAGCAGUGAGCGCUUAGUUUACACGAGAAUUUUGUGCUAUUUUAUAAAGAUAGAUAAAAAGUAGCAUUGUGGCAUUGACCAUGUCGAAGAACACAGUAUCCUCUGAUCGCUUCAGGAAAGUAGACGUUGAUGAAUACGACGAGAACAAGUUCGUGGACGAAGAGGAAGGCGGAGAGAAUCAAUUGGGACCGGACGAAGGGGAAGUGGACUCGCUGAUCCGACAAGGAAACUUGAACAGUGCACUGCUUGCAGUCCUGAAAAACCCGCCUCUUAAUACCAAAAACCAGGGAGUUAAGGAUAGAGCUGAGAUGCUUGUUCUCAAAGUCCUGAGCUCCUUCAAAAGCAGCGACAUUGAAAAAGCUGUACAGUCUCUGGACAAAAACGGUGUGGACCUUCUAAUGAAGUACAUCUACAGGGGCUUUGAAAGACCUUCAGAAAACAGCAGCGCAGUGCUGUUGCAGUGGCAUGAAAAGGCUUUAUCUGCUGGUGGAGUGGGAUCAAUUGUCCGAGUUCUGACUGCCAGGAAAACCGUUUAAUGUUAUGGGAUGCACCUUAGCAUCACUUUUAGUUCCAGUUUUGCGGCACCAUCUUUUAUUUUUUUUAUAUUUCAUUAAUAUGUAUUCUUUUUUUUUUUUUGACUGGGCUGGGAAAAACUGUAUCAUCAUGUAACAUAUGAAAUGGGUGACCCGUGACACACUUGACACAUAUCUUUGAUUUUUUUUUGGGGGGAGGGGAUGGGGUUAAAGGGGGCCCAAUCAGUUUGGGUAUCAGCCAAAAAACUAUUUCAAAUUAUAAAAAUUUACGGCUGUAUCUUGAAAUAUUCUUAAGUUAACAGUUUGCAGAUAGUUAUAUAUAUUGUUACUGAAUCCAUAUUUGCCAGUUGUGCAUGAUUUGGACAGAAGGCUGCCAUGUUGUUUGCCCGAGACCGCUCUAACAAUGGCAUAGCCGUAAGUUGAGGUGUCACCACGUGCCUCGAUUGCCACUCGACUCCAUACAUUGACCUGAUCAGACCGCUGGGACCCGUAUGCCAUCUCUUUUGGCCUGCGGCCCUGGUUCCUUUUUUAUGAUAAUGACGAUUGAUGUUCUCUUUCCUUUAUUUAAUUCUAUUUAAAUCAAAUACAUUGUGAGCUGCAUUUAAUUUGGUAACGGUUACCAGUUCACUCUUCAAAACUGGCUUCAAGUGCAAGUUGUCCAUUUGUAAAGGCGUUGCACGAUUCAUCACACAAGUGGCCAGAACCAUAAAGUUAUACUUCUGAAAGGCCAGGAGAAAAUGAUGCUGGGGUUUAUGCAAAGUGGACCCCAUAGCUGGGAGAGCUGGCUUUGCUUUUCCUUGUCAUCUGCUCAGUUAAUAUCUUUUGAUAUUUUUAUUUUAAACCAGAGAUGUACAGUACAUUUUCUAUAAUCAUUUUAUUUUUGUUUGAGCAAAAAAACUUCUUUUCUGAUGCAUUAGAAUAAAAAAUUACGCCGUAUCCUUUCAGUGUUAACAUUAAACUAAGCAUUUUGCUCACUCUCAAAAAACCUGCCUUGGAAACUGUGCAAAUUUGUUUUUAUACCAAAAGAAAUCUAUAUAGAGCGAGUCCAGUUAGUAAAGUCUGUCUGUUUUUUCUACGUUUUUCUACUAGUUUUUAUACUUCAGUUGCCUGCAAGAGUACUUAAAAACAAAACAAAGUGCAAUAACAUUGAAGUAUAUUUGAUAUCUUUUUAACCACAGUAAGUGGAAAUUCAUAAUUAAUUCCUUAAUUGUCUGCUUUUUGAACCACAUUCUUGUCAAUUCUAAAAGCGUUUGUUGGAGACCAUUGCCUUGUUUCUUGUCUUUCCUGGCGUAAAUUAAAAUAAACAGUUCAGUAGGGCAUUGCUAACAAUCACACGGGUACUUAAAUACAUUCCUUCAAACUCGUGCACUUGAGAAACGGUUGUAACUUUGGGCUAAAACCAGAUUAUUAGAUGUGACUAAUUUGUCAUCUUCUGUAUAUUAUAUACUUUUGUAACACGAUGCAAAAAAAGGCAAAGCCAAGAUAAGAACAAAAAUAAAAUUAUAACUCAA